GCUCGUGCUCGCGGGGACUGCCACGUUCCGCGCGGCCCCCAGCCCGCGUCGGUCGCACUCGGGUCUCACAGCUGCCCAUGGCUGACCUGAGCUUCAUCGAGGAUGCAGUCGCCUUCCCCGAGAAGGAGGAAGACGAGGAGGAGGAAGAGGAGGGCGUGGAGUGGGGUUACGAGGAAGGUGUUGAGUGGGGCUUGGUGUUUCCCGAUGCUAACGGGGAAUACCAGUCUCCUAUCAACUUAAACUCCAGAGAAGCCAGGUACGAUCCCACGCUGCUGGAUGUCCGCCUGUCUCCAAAUUACGUGGUCUGCCGAGACUGUGAAGUCACCAACGACGGGCACACCAUUCAAGUUAUCCUGAAGUCAAAAUCAGUUCUGUCAGGAGGACCGUUGCCUCAGGGACAUGAGUUUGAACUGUAUGAAGUCAGAUUUCACUGGGGAAGAGAAAACCAGCGUGGUUCUGAGCACACAGUUAAUUUCAAAGCUUUUCCCAUGGAGCUCCAUCUGAUCCACUGGAAUUCCACGCUGUUCGGCAGCAUCGACGAGGCGGUUGGGAAGCCCCACGGCAUCGCCAUCAUCGCCCUGUUUGUUCAGAUAGGGAAGGAACACGUUGGCUUGAAGGCUGUGACUGAGAUACUCCAGGACAUCCAGUACAAGGGAAAAUCCAAAACAAUACCUUGCUUCAAUCCCAACACUUUAUUACCAGACCCUCUUCUGCGGGAUUACUGGGUCUACGAAGGCUCUCUUACCAUCCCGCCUUGCAGCGAAGGUGUUACCUGGAUAUUAUUCCGAUACCCUUUAACUAUAUCCCAGAUGCAGAUAGAGGAGUUCCGAAGGCUGAGGACACACGUGAAGGGGGCAGAACUUGUAGAAGGCUGCGAUGGGAUCCUGGGGGACAAUUUCCGACCUACCCAGCCCCUGAGUGACAGAGUCAUUCGAGCUGCAUUUCAGUAGCCAGAGAGGCUGCGGUCAAGCCCGUCUGCAUCGGGGAGGAAGACAGUGGUCCCAUGGAGCCUUUGGAUGAGGAGUGGAGACUCCUGAGUGGCAGCUUCGUUUUAACCCUCCAGCCUGCAUCGUCUUCAGCUGCUCCAGCUUUGAUGGACAUCUGUGACCAUUGUCUGCCUACACGCUGUUAUGAACUAGUAGAAGUGGCUAUUCAAUGUCAAGAAACUCAGUGUGUGUGCGCACACGCCACAGCUUCUGGUAUUCAGACUUUUGCACAUGCUGCUUCUUGCUUAUGUGUAGAAAGAAUGAACGUAGUUUGCAGACCUAUUAAUAUGACUGUGCCAUAUAUCGAUAUGAAACAGAAGAAACCCUCCACAUUUCCAGAGCCAAGUUGUUCAUUUCCUGUCUGUAUUAAAAAACAUGCCCAUCCCCAACCUAGUGUCAUUCGUGAAAAUAAAAUAAAAGUUUUGGUCUACAACAGCCUAGAACUUCAAAAAUAUAACAUGAAGGAGUCG